CCUGUCUGUGACUGAAAGAAUACAAAUAAAUUAAUUUAUCAAGGCAAAGAAGCAGAAUACACAAAUAUUCCUUCUGAUCAGAUACUUCAGCUGUUGAAAACGUUGGGAGUCUGCAAUUCUUUGCCAUUGAACUUACGCUCAUCCUGCUGUUGAAUUACUUUUUCCGUACCAGGUCUACUGAAUCUGGACUGAACAGAAGUCUUGAAAGAAGACUGUGCUGGUCUUCCUUUGCAUCGUAUAGAUCUAAGUACAAGGUGGUCUCCAUCUGACUGACUUCCCAUGUCCUAUUACCAGGAGGACUUCUUCAAAGAGUACCUCAAAAUGAUGACGAAUAUUGUCGUCCUCAGCUUGCUCAUAUGUAUUUCUUUAGCCUUCUGGAUGGUGUCCAUGACUGCAAGUACGUACUACGGCACUUUGCGACCCAUUUCUCCAUGGCGUUGGCUUUUUUCAGUCUUGGUUCCACUAGCGAUUGUUACACAGGGUUUUAAGAAGAAGAGUCUUGAUCACAGUGGAGCUUUGGGAGGAUUGGUGGUUGGAUUUAUCCUUACAGUUGCAAAUUACAGUUUCUUCACUGCUUUGUUUGUAUUUUUUGUUACUUCUUCAAAACUUACUAAAUGGAAAAAAGAUAUGAAGAAGCAAAUAGAUUCAGAAUACAAAGAAGGUGGACAACGGAAUUGGGUGCAAGUAUUCUGUAAUGGUGGUGUUCCUACUGAGCUGGCCAUCUUAUAUAUGAUAGAAAAUGGACCAGGUGAAAUUCCAAUAGACUUUUCCAGGCAAUACACAGCAUCAUGGAUGUGCUUAUCCCUUUUAGGAGCAUUGGCAUGCUCUGCUGGUGAUACAUGGGCUUCAGAGAUUGGUACUGUAAUGAGUAAAAGCAAGCCAAGGUUGAUAACAACCUGGGAAAAGGUUCCAGUAGGUACUAAUGGAGGAAUUACUUUAGUGGGCUUGUUUUCAAGUUUACUUGGUGGCAUGGUAGUAGGUGCAGCCUACUUCAUAGCACAACUCCUUUUUGUGAGUGAUCUGGAUAUAUCUGCUCCACAAUGGCCAAUUAUUGUGUUUGGUGCAGCAGCUGGCUUUCUGGGAUCAAUUGUUGAUUCGUAUUUGGGAGCAACAAUGCAAUACAGUGGUUUUGACAAGAAUAUCUGCAUGGUUGUCAACCACCAAACAAAAGACUCCAAGCACAUAUCUGGAAAACCUAUAUUAGACAACAACGCAGUGAAUCUUUUUUCUUCUGUAGUCAUUGCUUUGGUGCUUCCAGGUGUGGCAUGGGGUUUCUGGCCAAGAGGUUGAAGUGGCUGAAGGUUUUCUGUAUGUGAUUCAGUGAUGCGCUCAGCCUUACUCAAAGACACUCCUAAGAGUGCGCUUUGGAAAGGGAUCUGCAACCUUCAGAGCCAAAGGACUUUCCAUUGCAACUUCUUUAGGCUAUAAGCUUCAUAUGGCAGUUGCCAUCUGUCAGGGCCAAGAAGGGGUUUUGUCAAUAUGCUCUUGCAGCUCUUCAAGUGGAUGUCAAUCACUGCCAAGCAAGGUGAAGCACUUCACUUAUCCUCAUGCAGCUGAGGUUGGCUUACAUAUUUUCUACAGUCCACAGAAUUUGGAAGAGCAAGAAACUGGAAUUAGAAGCUUAAUCUACAUCUACCAGUAUGAUGGAGCAUUGUGGCUACUGUCUAAGCCUGGCACAAAGCACUCUGCAGUUUUUUGGCAGUGGUAACAUGGAUGAAAUGAAUGAAUUCUGGUUUAGUAUUUCACAUGAUCUCCUAUAGGAUGUAAGAUUUCAUGGAAAUAUUUUGAAAUGUUAAAAAAAAAAUGUUUGAAGCAUAAGACUAAAUUUAAAAUAAAAACAUACCAGUUUUUCCAGUAAGAAGAAUAAAUGUAUACUUGUUUUAUACAAAUCCUUAGAAUUCUUCAAAUCUUUAGAAUUUCCAAACUAAAAAUUUUUAUAAGGGUUGUUAGCACUGUUGUAAUGUGGUACUUAUCUAAAUAAAACAGUACAAAUUUGGGGGGGUGUUUUUUUGGAUUUUUUUUGAAAUACGAACAUCAUUUCUGUAAUAUUUAGCAUGUUGACCAAACUAUUCUCUGUGGGUUCUUUCUCAGUGGUGUAGUUUCUCUCCAUUUUGUUUGGAGUUGCUUUUCAGUGAUGAUAUUCUCAACCAAAGAAGCUACAGAGGUUAUCUUUAUAGUGAAUGGGGAGAGUCUCAUCUACAAAGCAUUUCAAAAUGGGAAUUGAACUUUUAGUGCUUAGACUGCUAUAUUAGAUGAGUUCAUCUUUCACCAUUAAUUAUAGAAGAUAUGGAAGUAACUUAGCCAGCACAGAUUGUACUGAAAACUUAAGAAUACCCUCUUAAUAACCUCUGACUAGAGACAUUCAGAAAGUAGGGCCUGUACAGUUAACUUAAAAAAACCUUUUUUCUUUUUAACUUAAUAGAUAAAUGAGUAUUUUACAUUAAACAUCAGAUUUUUACAAAGA